AUGCGACGGAUACUUCAAUUUCUGGCGCUCCUAGCCAGCUUAUGCCUGGCCAAGGACGCCCUCCCAGUGAUCGAAGAAACGGAGUUCGAGUCGAGCCCAAGCAACCUCUUCUACUUCCCGGACUCGGACGUCGUGCUCUGCACCGACAGCCUGAAGAAAACCGCGUACCGCUCCGAAGACGCCGGCACAACAUGGAAACCCAUUGCGCAAAAGGGCAAAGUCCUUGGUGUCCUUAAACAUCCGACCAACCAUGCUUGGGCUGUGGCGAUAGGCGAAGGGGUGAAGCAUUGGGUCACGAGUGAUGUCGGGAAGACAUGGGAUAGCUUCGAGGUGCCUGCGCCUCCGACGAGUGUGAGACCGGCCGUGGUGUUUCAUGGGAGUGAUCCCAAGCGAAUGAUGUUCCUUACUGCCGACUGCCUGGGCUUUGACUGUGAGGAGGCGGUUUGGUAUACCAAGGAUGGGUUCGCCACGGACCCGAAGUUGUUGCGGGAUGAUGCGAGUGUAUGUAUUUAUGCCAAGAGCACGGAGCAAUUUACCACCGGAGACGAGGAUCGGGAUCUGGAUCAGGUGUUGUGUAUUGUCUCGGGAAUCUUCUCGCCCUUCUCGUCAGACUACAGACUACUGUCUUCCUCGGACUACUUCAACAAGGAUGAGGUGGAGCCGGAGAUGACGGAGGAUGGACGGACGGUCAGUGGCAUCAUCAAUGUGGCUUCAGUCAAGUCGUAUCUGGUGGCUGCGGCGAAGAGCGAAGGGACGACAGAGAUGGCCAUGUAUGUCACCGACGAUGCGCAGUCGUGGCAUCGCGCUGUCUUUGCUGGACACAAGCUGGAGGAGGAUGCAUAUACUUUACUCGAAAGCACAAACUACAGCAUGCAGGUCGAUGUGCUCACGAGCAAGCCGACGAGUCCCAUGGGUGUUCUUCUCACGAGCAACAGCAACGGUACCUUCUUUCGCAAGAACAUCGAGCAUACGAAUAGGAAUAUGCACGGCUUCGUGGACUUUGAAAAGAUUCAGGAUAUACAGGGUAUUGUCAUGGUCAACGUGGUGGACAACUGGGAGGAGGUUGAGCAUAAAUGGCUGGCAGACAAGGAGAUCAAGACUCAGAUCAGCUUUGACGAUGGCAGGACUUGGCAGGCCAUGACUGUGGAGAAGGAUAAAGAGCUGCACCUCCAUUCCGUCACCAACCAGCGAAAUACUGGGCGCAUCUUCAGUAGCCCUGCGCCUGGUAUUGUGAUGGGUGUCGGCAACACUGGCAAGUUCUUAGGCGCCUACGACGAAGGCGAUACGUACGUCUCGGAUGAUGCGGGCUUGACCUGGACUCGUGCUCUGCGGCGACCGCAUCUCUACGAAGUCGGCGACCAAGGCGCUAUUCUCGUCGCCAUCGAAGACGAAGAAACAGACGAGAUUAGCUGGUCGCUCAACCACGGCAAGGAAUGGAAGACCGCUAGCUUGAAAGACCUCAAGAUCGACGGCAAGAUCAAGCCCCUAUCUCUCACCACCACCCCGGACUCUACGAGCCUGAAAUUCAUCCUCACGGCUACCAAGGGCAAGGGUUCGAAAUUGAAGCACUUCAUCUAUGCUCUCGACUUCGCCGGCCUUCACGAAGAUAAAUGUAGCAAACGGGACUUCGAAGACUGGUUUGCCCGCGUCGAUGACAAGGGAGAGCCAACUUGCAUCAUGGGCCAUACGCAGAUGUAUCGUCGUCGCAAAGCCGACUCGAACUGUUUCGUCGAUGAAGAAUUCAAAGACCCGCAACCCGUGAUGGAAGAUUGCAAGUGCACGGAGCAGGACUUCGAAUGCGACUACGAGCAAGGCUUCCUCUGGGAUAGCGAGGCGAAGAAGUGCGUCAGUGGUGGUGUGCUCAGGAUCCCGAGUGGAGAGUGUAAGGAGGGCAAGGGGAAGUAUAUGGGCACUUCAGGCUACAAGCUCAUUCCAGGCGAUACUUGCGUGCGCAAGGGAGGUGUGACCCUCGAUGAUCCGGUGGAGAGGGAUUGUAAAGAUGACGGGACACCCCCUGCUUCUGGCAAGAUCGCGACGGAGAUUACCAAGUUCAAGGGCGAUAGGUUUGUGGAGUACUACUAUCUUGAGCGCAAGGAGAGUAAUUCCAACGACGAACCGAACAAGUCGAAGAAGGAAUCUGUCAUCAUGCGGACGGAUCGCCGAGAGGUCUUCCUCUCAGAGGACCACGGCAAGACUUGGCUUCCUGUCGACACGGACGGCGAGGACGUGAUCGCCAUAUAUCCGCACCAGUAUCUCAACGAUAACGUCUAUCUCGUCACCCCCUCAACAACCGUCUACUACAGCCACAACUUCGGCUCCAGCUUCCAUACCUUCAAGGCACCUGAGAAACCUAACCAAGAGCGCUUGCAGAUCUUGCAGUUCCAUCCUACGGAAAAGAAUUGGUUGAUUUGGACGGGUGGGAAGAGCGGGCAGACGAUUGCGCAUGUGAGUACGAAGGGUGGGGAUGAUUGGGAGACGCUUAGGCGUGGGGUGAGGAAGUGCCAGUUUGUCUAUCGGGAGGAUAGGGAGGGGAGUGAUCAGCUGGUUUAUUGCGAGCAGUAUUCUGAUGAGGAUCCGGACGCGAGGGUGGAUCUAUUGUCCUCCAAUGAUUGGUUCGAGCACUCGACUGUGUUGAAGCGGGAUGUUAUCAAUUUUGCUACCAUGGCGGAGUAUAUCGUCGUCGCUGUCCGGGACGAGAAGGAUCAGCAGAGUCUGCAAGUCGACACGAGUAUUGACGGCACAGUCUUCGCCGACGCCCAAUUCCCGAGUAACUUCAAAGUCGCGCACCAACAGGCCUACACCGUCCUCGACUCCUCCACCCACGCAGUGUUCCUCCACGUGACGGUCAACAACCGCGAGGACAGCGAGUACGGCUCCAUCAUCAAGAGUAAUUCCAACGGGACAUCUUAUGUCUUGUCUGUUUCUGAGGUUAAUAGGAAUGGACCUGGCUACGUCGACUUCGAGAAGAUGCAGGGCUUAGAGGGGGUGGCGGUUAUUAAUCGUGUGGCAAAUGCCAAGGCGGUGGAGGAUGGGGAGAAGAAGAAGUUGAAGACGUUUGUUACGCAUAAUGAUGGGGCGGAUUGGGCGCUUUUGGCGCGGCCGGAGAAGAAUUUCGAGGGCAAGGGGUGGGAGUGUAGUGGAGGGUCUGAGAAAUGUUCGUUGCAUUUGCAUGGGUAUACAGAGCGGAAGGAUGCGAGGGAUACGUUCUCGAGUCCCUCGGCUGUGGGGUUGAUGAUGGGGACGGGCAAUGUGGGCGAGUUUCUGGGGUACAAGAAGGACGCUGAUACCUUUCUGACGAGGGAUGGGGGGGUCACUUGGAGGGUUGUGGCGCCGGGGAAUUGGAUGUGGGAAUACGGUGACCAGGGGUCUAUUUUGGUCAUUGUGAAGGAAGGGGAGGCGACGAGGGAGGUCCUUUAUUCUUUGAAUGAGGGCGAUGAUUGGAUCAAGUACGCUUUCUCCGAGGCAGAGAUGAUGGUUGAGGACAUCACGACUGUGCCCUCCGAUACGAGCAGGAAUUUCAUGCUCUGGGGGAAGAUCAAGAGGGAUCUGGUCUCGGUGAAUUUGGACUUCUCGGGGCUGGAAGAGAGGAGUAAGUUGUGUCAUCUGGAUGAGAAGGAUCCCGAGGGCAAGGACAGCGAUUACUGGCUCUGGGAACCUAAGCAUCCGCUCUCAGACGACAACUGUCUCUUCGGUCACGUGGCGCAGUAUCAUCGGAAACGACUGGAGAGCAAGUGCUAUAAUGGAAGGGAAAUCAAGCAUCUCCACGACAUCAAACGCAAUUGCACCUGCACCCGCCGCGACUUCGAAUGCGACUACAACUACGAACGGCAAACCGACGGCUCGUGCAGACUUGUGGAAGGUCUGCAAGCGGCUGAUCCGGCCGCCGUGUGCGAGAAGAAGGAUGUAGUGGAGUUCUAUGAUACCACUGGUUACAGGAGGAUCCCGCUUACGACUUGUGAGGGUGGACAGGAGCUGGAUUAUACGGCUAGGACGAGGCCUUGUCCGGGGAAGGAAGAGGAGUUUCAGAAACGACAUGGGAUUUCGGGACUGGGGCUAUUCUUUGCGAUUGUGAUUCCUAUUGCUGCUGCGGCGGGAGUGGGGUGGUGGGUCUGGAAGAACUGGGAUGGGAAGUUCGGCCGGAUUCAGCUUGGGGAUGGAUUUGGGGGCGCUGCGGGCGGUGGGCCGAGUAUGGCUGGGGCGUUCGAUAGGGAUGCGCCGUGGGUUAAGUAUCCGGUUAUGGUUCUUAGUGGAAUUGUGGCGGUGGUGGCGGCGCUGCCGAUGGUGGUGGGGAGUGUGUGGAAGGCUGUUGGGACGAGGUUGGGGAGGAGUAGCGGUGGUGGGUAUGGAGGUGGUGGGAGGCCUUUUACGUCGAGGAGUUCGUUUCAGAGGGGAAGGGGGGAUUAUGCUAUUGUUGAUCCGGACGAGGGGGAGUUGUUGGGGGAGGAGAGUGAUGAAGAGGUUUAG